UAGAGUGGAAGGGGAUGUGAGGGGAUGGUAUGAAGGAAUGAAGGGAGAGUGUGGAAGGAGAAAGAGCGAACCCUAAUUCACGCGGACAGUGCCGGGCGUGGGGCUGGGCAAGACGGUCUUCGGCGUUGUUGGGUGUGCCCUGCGUUCUACGUGCUCUGCCUCUGCCUCGGCUCUCUUCUUUCUUGGACCCCUCUUGCUUGGCGACCCUCCCUUGCCUCUCCUUCGUCCCUUGCUGCUGUUGCUGCUGCUGCUGCUCCUCCUCCUCUAGCCUGCGCGUGCGUUGUGAGUGAGGUUCGGUGCUUAGCGGAGAAGAACCCGAAGGGUUUGCCUCGCCCUUACUGACUACACUAUUGACUGAUUGGAUUGACUUGUCAGCAAUACUAAUCCCUUAUUUUCUUUCCUCUUCUCAUUCUCUUCUCUUGAGGUCUACGCUCCUCGACAACUGAUCGACAGAGUCGCACUCAGUCGCGUUGUCUAACAGGAUCGCUCGCUGUCAUGGCCGAGCCCGCUGAUUCCUGGGAGGACAUGGAGCCAGCGCCCCAGUCCAAUCAGCCACCUCCGAAACCUGCUCACAAGUUCACGUUCAAUCCGAACGCGCCUGCUUUCAGUUUCAAUCCCUCAGCACCUGUGUUCUCUCCUACCACGCCAUCGUUUGGUAGUUCUGGACCGACCAGUUUUGCUGCCCAAGGCGCUGCUGCUCCCGUCGCACCACCCGCUCCUGCACCAGCAGCUACCUUGGUCGCCCCUCCGGCGCCCUCUUCGCCGUCUCCAGGAACUGAUGCAGGAGAUGCUGCCGCCAGUGCGUUAGCUGAAUUGGAUUUGGGUACGUCUGAUCAAAGCGCCUCCGAUGUUGGGGUCGCUCCCGUUAGUGGAGAUGCUCUGGUGCCUGAGUCUGGCAGUGACAAUCCUCAUGCGGAAAACCAGCACACCACCGCAGAUGCCUCCUCUUCUGAGGAGGCCGAGGGAACGGCCGCGGAUCCUGCGAUAGAUGCUGAUCGAGGAGAACACUCGCUUGAAGAGCAUGCCCAAAAACAGUACCCGCAGACUCCGCAGGAAUUGGACCCCAGGCCGCACAUGAAUGUCGUUUUCAUUGGGCACGUCGAUGCGGGAAAGUCUACCAUUGGUGGACAAAUCCUUUACCUCAGCGGUAUGGUUGAUGAAAGAACGAUUCAAAAGUACGAGCGAGAGGCCAAAGAGAAGAAUCGGGAGAGUUGGUACAUGGCCUAUAUCAUGGAUACCAACGAAGAAGAGCGAGCGAAGGGUAAAACUGUUGAGGUUGGAAGAGCCCACUUUGAAACAGCGAAGUCGAGAUUCACAAUAUUGGAUGCCCCUGGCCACAAAAACUACGUUCCAAACAUGAUCACGGGAGCUUCUCAGGCGGAUGUCGGAGUGUUGGUAAUAUCCGCUAGGAAGGGAGAGUUUGAGACUGGAUUUGAACGAGGAGGGCAGACACGUGAACAUGCUCAGCUAGCGAAAACUUUAGGCGUAUCGAAACUAUUGGUGGCCGUCAACAAAAUGGACGACUUGUCUGUGGAGUGGGCCAAGGAGAGGUUCGAUGAGAUUGAAAAGAAAAUGCUCCCCUUUUUGAAGGCAUGUGGUUACAACGCCAAAAAAGACGUGCAAUUUCUUCCAAUCUCUGGUCUGUUAGGGGUGAACAUGAAGGAGAGAAUGGGGAAGACACCUUGCAAUUGGUGGGAUGGACCAAGCUUGUUCGAGGCCCUGGAUAACGUGGAGCUGCCUCUCAGGGAUCCAAAUGGCCCAUUCAGGAUGCCUCUUAUAGAUAAGUUUAAAGAUAUGGGAACGGUCGUUAUGGGGAAGAUUGAGUCUGGGAGCGUCCGAAGAGGAGAUAGUUUAAUAGUCAUGCCCAACAAGGCCCAAGUCAAGGUUGUUACUGUCUAUCGGGACAAUGACGAAGUAAACUAUGCGAAACCUGGAGAAAAUCUACGGAUUAGGUUGUCAGGAGUAGAGGAGGAAGACAUUUCAUCUGGGUUUGUCUUGUCCAGUUUAGGUAAGACCAUCCCUGUCGUUCUCGAGUUUGAUGCCCAACUGCAAAUCUUGGAGCUUCUUGACCACAAAGCUAUAUUUACAGCCGGUUACAAGGCUGUUCUUCACAUACAUUCAGUCGUCGAGGAAUGUGAAAUUAUUGAGCUGCUUCAAGAAAUAGAUCCCAAAACCAAGAAGCCCAAAAAGAAGAAAGUUCUGUUUGUGAAAAGUGGUGCUGUUGUGGUGGUCAGGAUUCAGGUCAAUGAACCGAUCUGUGUGGAAAAGUUCGAAGACUUUCCUCAAUUGGGACGCUUUACUCUACGUGAUGAAGGGAAGACUGUGGCUAUUGGUAAGGUAGUGAAGCUGCCAAAAAUAGCACACGAAUGACGUCAGCAAAUUUGAUCGGAUAAACGCCUCCGCUGGACAUUUUGUUGGCAUGAGGAAUGAAACAUGAUGUUCAGAGCAAAUGGGAUCAAAGAAUCUAGUACAUCAAGCAUAUUCUUCAAUAAUUAUGUGUUGAGCAUUGAGCGUCCAAGAGCAGAAAUUGUUGCUUCCGUUAAUCGUCCUUUCCUGAAAGUUGUUGCUUGCUCGUUUAAGAACCAAAUUUUGCUUUGAGGUUAUUGUUCCCUUUAACCUCAACCUGAACGUGAGGCAAGAAAGAAUCAACCUCACGAGGGGUUCUAGAGAUCCCUGCUGCUGUAGGACGGCUGUCCCUCGUUUCCAGCAUAAAGUGCCAAGUAGAAGUUUGAAGACCGUCAGUUCAGUCCGUUUCAUCCUACCCUAGUUCCACACGCAACUCCAUGUGUGGAAUUGCCGUUUCUAUCUGUCUGUUACUGAUCUUAGCGUUGUUUACAUGACAACGCCCUGUAGUGUCGGCUGAGAUCAGAUGUUUUGGUGCACAUGGAUGUUACUGCCACAUCUCUAAGAGCAUCUUCUUACUGAAGAUUCGAGCUGGAAGCUACGUUCAAUCUGAAUGAAGAGGCACAAUGGGUCUCAAGCAAUUUGAGCAUGUAUGUCUCUUGGCAGAUUAGAGAUCUUCAAGUAAUGGUGUGAAGCAAAUCUAUAUUAUAGCGACACUCUUGACAGGAACGGAACCGGUAGCUACGUCCUUCCAAUUCAAUUCGUGACGGGCAUUUUGUGGCAUACCUGCGUUCGAUGAGCGUAGCUCUGAGGACUUUUAAGCGUAGGUUUAGUUUUUGGCCUACUGCUUUUGUUUAGGUUACAGCUGUGAUCUGCCGGCAUGUGACAUUUGUACAUUACGAGCGGCCGAUGCAAGCGAUUACUGUCAACUUAUAGAAGGCAUUAAGCUGCGAUUUUGGUGAAGUUAAGUCUUCUGCGUAGUCUAGGUAGGUUUUGACACAAUCGUCUGGAAGCUUAUUGGUUGGACGGUAUAAUAUAGUAGCUCAGCUGAGUUAAUUGCACCGAUGAAGCUGUAGCGAAGUGUGAGUGCGAAGAGGAACAUAAUGAUGUAUCAUAUUCAAGGUCUUUCACUCUGUACCAACCACAGAAUGCACUAGACUGCCCUGGAAUGUGUACUCCGC